GGUUAUUUGUAAUAUAAAUGCUUCUUUAUACAAACAUAUUCUUUUUUUUUAUAAAAAUUUAUACAAACAUGUUCCUGAUUAGUAGUGUCUAUAUAAAAAGAACAAGAAAUUGAUAAAUCAAAAAUAAAAAUUUGGUGACAAAUUAUUCGUCGCAAAACCCUGUAGUGACAAAAAUAUGUCGUCGCUGAAACAUGUUUUGUGAGACAACCUUCCGUCGCGGAAAAUGACAGUGACGGGUUACUUCGUCGCCGAAUCCAUUAUUUGCGAUGGUAUAUUUCGUCGCUGAAUCUUUUCUUCAGCGACGAUCAACAAGGCUUGUCGCAAAUACUUCAUUUUGCGACGGAUGAUUUCGUUGCAGAAAGUUUGCUGUUUUGCGACCAAUGUGGUUUUCAGCGACGACGAAUCAAAUUUUGUUGCCAAUACCCUAGGGCGACGCGGUAUAUGCGACGAAGGGCAAUAGCCUACGGCGACGAAUACAUUCGUCGCAAAGAGGAAUUAGCGACGAUAAUUGUACAUUUAGCGACGAAUAUUUCGUCGCAAAAGGGUAAGUUUCUUGUAGUGUUGAUGUUAUGAUGGUGUGCAUUAUAGGGAGUAGUGUGGUGCUACGAAGAUUUUUGACAAUAGGAAGUUUUACUUCUAUUUCCUCUUGGAUGUGUUGAUAACGUUCACUAUUGAGGUUAGGACAUGUGUGCGGGAGGGACUCUCUCCCAAAAUUUUUUGACUCCAACAACUUUUGCAAAAAGGUGCUCAAAUUUGAAAAAAUGAGCAGUCUCACGUGAAAGGCAACUGGGCAUAGUGUUUGAGUUAAAUUGUCAAGGGGCUUUUCUCUCGGUCUAGCGUGCCAUUUGAGGAUGUGUUUGGAGACCGAAUAGCUUUCUAGUGUCUCGAUCAUCAUUUAUUACUUUCCAUCCCCCAAACACGAUAAGGAGAAAGCUACCUCUGUGGCAAUUCGUCCGUCGUUAAGACGAGGAGUGUAGGCUAGGAAGUGGUGCUUGUUGCAAUGAACCCAACCAUCAUUUCCCCACAUGAGGUUUUGAUAGAGAAGGCAAUGUACUUAUGCUCUUAGCCAGAGGGAGAAAUGCCAUAAUUUGCAAAAUUGAAAAAGUAUGGUGCCAUAUGGGACAAAUUUAAAGUUGAGGCUCAAAAUUUUGAGUUCUUUUUUGAAAAAGUAGGAGUACCACCAUGGAGUCUAUUGCUUUUCAUGUUUUCUUAAGAGUCCCCCGAUGCAUGUGUAAAAUGUCCAGACCUCCUUAGUCGACAAGAUCCUCAUCUGAGAGCGUGUUAUCACGAAGAGAUGGAAGUAGCAUUCUCUCAUCUCUGAUUAUCUUUGAGGUGCUAAGAACGAAUUAUACUACAUACCAUUGUGAAUUUCUUACAUACAUUGCACUUGUGUGAGUUAGGUUUGCUUGAGAAUAAGCAAACAUUCAAGUGUGGGGGAGUUUGAUUCGAGCCAUUUUAUACAUGUUUAUACCUCAUUUACUUGGUUGUUUGGCAUGUUUCGCAUUAUCCUUUGAGCCAUUUUAUGCUAGGUUUGGUCUUGUUUUGGAAUACUUCAGACUUGAGAGGUAGAAUGGGCGAAAGGAUAGAAAGUUGAACGAUAGUUAUCUAAAAGGGGGCCAAAAUAUCAAAGAGGAAUUUCUAGAGAGAGAGGGAUCUAGAGGAAUCUUGGAGAUGAAAUGGAGGCUUUGAUUGAGCUUGGAGUAAGGGAAUCAAGUCUAAGAUGAAGAUCUUGUGCUUCUUGUUGUAUUCUCUCUUCUCUAGGUUGAUGAACGCUAGGUCUAGAUUUCGGUUUGAUUGUUGAUGUAUGUGACAUAUCCUAGGAUUAUGAACUCCUAUUAUCUAUUUGAUUAAUGUUUAUGAUGAAUUGCAUGAGUCUUGACACCACUACAUGUCAAUUGAGCUUUUGACCUAAGAGAGAGAAUAUCCCCUUAGGUUGAAUAGAGCACCUUCAAUCCUUCACUAUGGGUCUUUGAUACAAAAGUAACAAGGUCCACGGUGUCGUAUUAGGGUAGUGACGUGUUGGUCUUACUCAAUCAUGGAAAUUAGCGGUUAACACCUCAAUUGCCUUUGUCGGUUGUUUGGUACGCCUCUCGGGUAGUAUAAUUGAGCGGGGUUGGAUGCACUCAAAUAGGGUUCCAAUCUAUUAUAGUUUUCUCCGUGGUAGCUAGUAAUAUUGAAGCAAAUAAUCUAGGAUAGUACUUGACAUCGGUCCAAAUGACAGAGAUAGGGGGGAUUCAAGCCAAAGAGAGCUCCCAACACUUGUAAUUAACUAGGGUAGUGGUUAGGUGGUAGUGACUUUAGUUUUAUCACUAUUCUUGUUUGGCUAGAAAACAAAACUUAAGUCGAACUAAGGUACAUAUAGAAACGCGUGGUUCGAUAUUUUCAUUACUUGCUUACCCUAUGCUAUACCAAAUCAUGGAGAAUGGUAAUGCUUCCAGGUAUUUUAAUAUACUUAUGUACAUUAUAUUGUUAUUAUUAUAUGUAUUUCGGGUGAAAAUAGUAUUUCUGAUUGUUUGUUAUAAAUAACGUAUUUCUGACGAAUUCAUAUCAUCACAAAAGAAUGUACCGCUUGUCAUAAAAAGUAUUUGUCGUCAUUCUUUGUCAUUUUUUUUUCAUUUUUGAUGUCGUGCUUUAGUGUACUGACGAGAAAAUUGCGUUGGUAAUAAGAGUAUCUUCGACGGGGAGUCAGUUAUAAGUUAUUACUGACGCGGGUUUUCCUGGUGACGACAAACAAGCAUAUGUUGUCCGUAAUAACCAUUUCUGAAGAAAUAUGACUGGUAACUUAUAUAUGCUAGUUAAAGCUAAAUGGAAUUUUUCUGUUUAUUAUUAUUGUCCUUGUGGCAACAACAUAUGCUUAUUAGUACAUAUUUUCCUUGUUUAUGUACAUAUCAUAAACACGAGAAACAAAUAUAAAAAGAUGGUAAGAUAAUUUUGAACUUAAAGUUUUAAAUUUCAAAUACUUAAUCUAUGAUCAAAACAUCUCAACAAACAAAAUCUCAACAAACAACAGAAUUAUUUCAAAUUCAUAGUGCCUCAAAUUUACAAUAAAUCAUUGGAUUUUUAAAUUACAACACUCUUAUUUUUAAAAUCAAUAAAGAAACAAAGCCUGAUUUUUGCGGUUGCCCCUGAAACCUACGGGAAAACAGCGAUUGCAGGCCGCCGAAUUGGACUUUGCUUUUUACAAAUUCGUGGGCCAACUCGUAUCAUCUGGCCGGACUCGGGGCGGAUUCUUUCAUAAUCAAAUUCCGUUUCCAUUCCCGCGGGCGGGGCCAAAUUUGUUCGAAAUGGAGGCAAAUUUUGAAAAUCGGAAAAAACAACACUGGGGCUAAGGAUUAGCGCGCCCAAUCCGUUCACUUCUCCGCCAGCAAAGUAAUUAUCCCUUUUCUCAUUCGCCUUCCCUCGUCGUCGGAGGAGAAGAAAGAAACGAUGGGAGAUUCAAGCCAACUGGAGAAGAUGGGCAGAGAGCUCAAGUGCCCCAUCUGCUUGGGAUUGCUGAAUUCGGCGGUUUCGUUAUCCUGCAAUCACGUGUUCUGCAACUCCUGUAUUUCGCAAUCGAUGAAGUCCCAUUCCAAUUGCCCGGCCUGCAAACUGCCGUAUCGGCGGAGAGAGAUCCGUCCUGCUGCUCAUAUGGAUAACUUAGUGAGCAUAUACAGAAGCAUGGAAGCUGCUUCAGGGUUCAAUAUAUUUGUGACUCAGACGGCUCCAACAGCCAAAUCUCCAGAUAAAGUAAAGAAAUUUGGAGGUAACGCAAUUAGUGGCGGAGAAGAUACUCAUGUUGUUCGUGAGGAAAAAGUCGGGGACCGAAACCCUAGAAAAGGUAAAGGGUCAAAGAAAAGUACCAGAAAGAAGCAGGAGGUUUCUGCUCCUACAACUGCAAAGCCUUCUUUCCCUACCAAGAAGAGAGUUCAAGUGCCGCAGUAUCCUCUUUCUCAAACCCUAAUCAGGGGUGAGAAAUUCCACACUGGAUCGGGUGUAAAUGUUGAUCAUAUUGGUAAGAGCAAUCCAAUGGUCUCAAAUGAGAAAGCUGCUACCAUUGAAAAUGGUGAGCUGGUGCUUUCACCACUCUUCUGGUUGAGGGAUGAAAGCCCUGAGAGGUCGAUUGCACCUGUUGACGAUGAUGAGUUUCUUAGUUUAACGUCUCUAAGUACUCCGCGGUUUAGUGACAUAAAGGCCUCAAGUGACAGUGAAUCUGGAAGUUUGUCGCCAACUGGAGAAGUUGCUCGAAGUUCAGAUUUUGCUGAUGAUUCUGAAAGUGAGCUGUUUAGAUGCACACAAAAACCUAGCCCAGCUGAUAUUUUCUCGACUCCCCUCGAGAUGCAGGGUGAGCAAAUUGACAAAGUUGAUCCAUCUCACAAGGGAUCAAAUAAGGAUUUGAAGACUGCAUCCUGGCCAGGAGAAGACAAUAUAUUUAUCCCAUCAGUUAAUAGAAAACCCACUAAGAGGCUAGGAGGUGCUGGGGGAAUUUUGAGAAGAUGUACUAAAAUGAAUGGUGGUACGAGUUUGAAUAAGCUUGGUGCUCCAGCUUUGGAAUCUGGCAAGCUUGGUCGAAGAAAAGCAUUUGUUAGAAAGAAUGUUUCCUUAAACUUGGAAAGGCCCGAGAAGACUAAUCUCGGUACUUCUGCAGAUGAGUCAGAACUUGGAAAUAAUCCAGUUGUUGCAGAAGAAGCUGUCAGCCUAGCUGAUGACCAUCUGUUGGAUGGAUGGGGUACUUCAAUUAGUCAAACCCAAGUUAGUGAUAGACAUAAUCAAACCAAGAAAACUAGAAAAGUAAGUAGAGAAAGGAUUUGCCAAUCAGAUCGCUCCACAAGGUUGAAAAAGCAGAAGCUUGAGUCUGAAGAAAUUAUUAUGGCAGUUGAAGUUUGUGAAAACAGCAACAAACUGGAUCAAGAGAAACCACGCCAUGCAUCCUUUUCAACAGUGCAUGGAAUUGGCAAGACGAGUGUUGCAGAUGUGAACCAGAAAUCGGUUAAGCAUGGUAAAAUGUUAGUUAAUCAGGAGUAUCAUACCCAGAUAUCUGAAAGGAAAACACAAUGCCUUGAAGUGGUUCAAGAUAAUCGCAGAGGCAGAAAGAGGAAAAUAAAUGAGACAGAACUCAGAGAUGGUACUAUUUUUGGUUCUGAAGGAACUGUGAAGCUAGCUGGUGAGGCAAUGGUUAAUAAAUUGCCCUCUUCCUUAACUGAAAGCAAAGGGUCCUACGAUCAGGUGAAGAGAACUGUAAAAAUGUCGUGGAAGGAUACCUGCAAAACUGAUUGCUCUUUGAAGUUUAAGAAACUUGAGAAGGAUUGUGACGAAGUCAAGCAGGCCACUAAUGAAUGCACAGAGAAAAGGGGAUUUCAUGAUGAUAAAAAGCCUCAAGAACUCUCUUCCAAAGUUCUUGCAUUUCAUGAGAAAAGUAUUUCUGAUGUGAACAAGAAAACGAUUAAACAUGGCGAACCACAAAGCAACAAAUUGGUUCAAGACUACUGCAGGGGCAGUGUUGUUAAACAGGAAAUCUUACAAUGUGCUUUCUGCCAUUCUCCAAAAAUCUCGGAGGCUUCAGGCGAGAUAGUACACUAUCUCAAUGGUAGGCCUGUAGCUGCAGAUCAAGUUGGUCAGUCCAAGGUCAUACAUUGCCAUAAAAGCUGCGCAGAAUGGGCACCUAAUGUCUACUUUGAGGACGAUGUAGCUGUUAAUCUUGAAGCUGAAUUAGCUAGAAGUAGAAGAAUAAAAUGCAGUUGCUGUGGGCUCAAGGGUGCUGCUCUUGGAUGUUAUGAUAAAAGUUGUCGCAAGAGUUUCCAUGUCCCGUGUGCCAAGAUGACCCCUGAAUGUCGUUGGGAUACUGAGAACUUUGUCAUGCUGUGUCCUAAUCAUUAUUCUGUUAAGCUACCCAAUGAAGAGCAAGGUUCUCAAUUGAGAAAUGCAGAUCACUGCCGUGAAAGACCAAAAUCAACCAAGUGUAAACAAGUGUUUGACGGGGGUUUCAGCAGAUCUCGCAGUUCUGAUUCUUACUUCAUAACUGACAAGUUGGUUCUUUGCUGCUCAGCUCUCACAGAUGCAGGAAGGGAAACUGUAGCAGAGUUUGAGAGAGUAUCUGGAGCCAAAAUCCUGAAGAAGUUCGAUUCUAGUGUUACCCAUGUCAUUGCUUCAAAGGAUACAAACGGAGCAUGCAAAAGGACUGUGAAAACCUUAAUGGGUAUUUUGUUUGGGAAGUGGAUCCUCAGCAUUGACUGGAUUAGGGCCUGUAUGACUACCAAGAAAAUUGUUCAGGAGGAGUCAUAUGAAAUUAACGUCGACAUUCAUGGCACUAAAAAUGGUCCUCGACUUGGAAGGCUCAGAGUUCUUAACAAGCAACCAAAGAUUCUUGAUGGGUUCAAGUUCUACUUCAUGGGAGACUUCAUAGAUUCUUACAAGGGAUAUCUACAAGAGCUAAUCACUGUCGCUGGAGGCAACAUUUUACACAGAAAGCCAGUUCCCGAAGUCUCAGAAACCUCUUCUCCUUCGUCAACCUUGGUCAUCUACAACUUGCAGCUCGCUGAAAAAGGUGACACGAGGAAGAAAGAUUCCAUUCUCACCCAGAGGCGAACCAAUGCAAAGGUGUUGGCUGGCUCUGCAGGAGCCAUAGCAGUGAGCAACUUAUGGGUUCUGGACUCAAUUGCUGCCAGCCAACUUCAACCUUUUCUCUGAAUGAGAAGUUACAUAAUGGGUCUUAGUUAUUCUGGGGUCUCUUUUAAAGAGGACUUAAUCUGUACAAAAAUGAAAGAACUGUCCAUUC